CUCGGUGCCACCAGAGCUGCAUGCCACAGAGUUGAACUUUUCUCUCAUCGCUAACCAGGUGAAGAGGGGUUCCAGCCAAUUACUUUGGAAAAGGCAGGAGACAGGAAUGUGGCUAAUGCAGUGGUGACCUUCUGAAGAUGACAGCGGACAAACCUCUCUUAGGCGCGGAAAUGACACGAAUGGGUUUUAUCUUCCUGCUCCUGAGUAACGCCGCGUCAGUCUCCACACAGUUUAAUGGAUACAACUGCGAUACCAACUACCACAGCAGGUUUCCAGGUGAAAGGGACAUCAGCGUGUACUGCGGGGUUCAGACCAUCACUUUGAAGAUCAACUUCUGUCCUGUUCUCUUCUCCGGCUACACCGACGCCGAUUUGGCCCUCAACGGCCAUCACAGCGAAGCCCAGUGUCGCGGCUUCAUCAACAACAACACUUUCCCCACAGCACUUCUGUUCAGCAUCAGCCUCAGCACUUUGGAGGCCUGCGGCAACAGUCUGGUGGUCAGCACAGCCUACGGGCCCACUGCCUAUGGGAACAUGUCUCUUGUACAAAUUGGGAAUAUAUCAGGCUACAUCGACACCCCUGACCCACCAACUAUAAUCAGCUAUCUGCCUGGUUUGUUGUAUAAAUUCAGUUGCAGCUACCCGCUGGAGUACCUGGUCAAUAACUCACAGCUGGCAUCAUCCUCUGCAGCUGUGUCUGUCAAAGACAGCAACGGUACUUUUGUGAGCACGCUCAGUAUGAUCCUGUACAACGAUUCAGCAUACAAUCAGCCUCUCUCUAUCCCCAUGGCUGGACUGGCUCUGAAAACCAGAGUAUUUGCUGCUGUGAAAGCCACAAACCUAGACAAACGGUGGAACAUUUUGAUGGAUUACUGUUACACAACCCCCUCAGGGAAUCCUAAUGAUGAACUCCGCUAUGACCUUUUCUUUGGUUGCUAUAAAGAUCCCCAGACGACAGUUUUGGAGAACGGGAAGAGCCAGAUGGGCCGUUUUUCCUUUGAGGUUUUCCGUUUUGUUAAACACAGGCACCAGAAGAUGUCGACUGUGUUUUUGCACUGCGUCACCAAGCUUUGCCGGGCCGAUGACUGCAUCAUGUUAAUGCCUAUCUGUGGGCGGCGGCGCAAAAGGGAUGAAGAGGAGACCCCUGAUUCCAUGGCAGCAGCAUCAGGGAACGCCAUCCUCUCUGCCGGUCCAAUCAUCACCAGGAGUGAUGAAACUCCUGUCAACAACUCCCAGCUCGCCUCUGGAGAUCUUUCUCAUUCCAUGAACCCAGUGACCAGUGCUCUGAUCUCAGGUGUGGUCAUCCUGAGUGUGGUCAGUGUGUGCUUCUUCCUGCUGUUGCUCCGCUUCCUGCUGAAGCCCCGCCCCCCAGCGACAACAGCAGCCUCAGGUGUUUGGAAUCCAAGCUUUAAAUAAACAUCUGCAUGUUGUGCAACAUGUGUAUCAUUUAAGGUGGAACAUCUUGGUGGAUUACUGUUACACAGACC